GAAUUCGAUGGUUUGUAAAUUGGAUCUGCCGUAGACGUGGAAUCCGAUGGUCGAAAACUAUUUAUGCUCAACGGGAUUCUACCACGUUUUUAGAAUUGGGGUGAUAAGAGGAUUUUACCCCUUAUUAGCUGCUCUGGUGGAAAGGUGGAGGCCAAAAACUCACACCUUUGUAUUACUGGUGGGUGAGGUUAUUGUGAUACUGAAAGAUGUUGCUCAUAUAUUUGGCCUACCCAUUGAUGGAGAGCUUGUGAGCGGGUGGACAGAUAGUAAUAGCGACUUCCUACAGAGGCAGAGCAUCGCAAUAUUCGGUCGCAAACCAGUUGUCAGUAAUUCUUCUAAAUCUUAUAUAAAGCUGGGUUGGGUUUGGCAUAUCAGAGAUGCAGAGCCAGUGGACACUGAGGAGUCUAUUAAGAGAUACAUCAGAUGCCAGAUUUUCUGUUUCUUGGGUUCGACCCUAUUCACAAAUAAGUCGACCGCAUAUGCCCACGCAAAGUAUCUACCGUUGCUUUGCGAUUUCGAGCGGAUCCAUACUUAUAGUUGGGGGUCAGCAUGUCUCGCGCAUCUUUACAGGGAACUAUGCCGUGCAUCACGGUAUGAUGCUAAGGAGAUGGAUGACCCUCUUAAUCUGUUAUUUGUUUGGGCAUGGGAGCGACUGCCGUGUAUUGCGCCUGUACCGAGACAGACCCUAGAUACCAAUUGCCAUGAGGUAACAGCUACUAUUUUAUUUGAGUGGCGGCCGUACGAAGGAUUGAUCAUACCCGACGAGUUACAUGGACACCUUGAGGUGUGUGACAUCAUUGCUUCGUUAUUGUUAUUCGAGUGUGUCGAAUGGCACCCUGGAAACCGAGUGAUGCAUUAG